AUGGCUCGAUCUCCGUCUAGAAAUGAAAAAUUAGGCACUCCUGAAGACGAGCUUGAAGAACUUCAAAAGAGAUUAACUUAUUUAGAAGGCGAACGUAAAAAAGUAAUCGAAAAUCUCAACUUUACCAGAAAACAAAAUGAAGAGACCAUUCUUCAGCUCCAAAAAGAGCACAAAGAACUGCGCGCCAAUCUUAAAGCGUCUGUAAAACAACCAACUUCUGCGGGAGCUUUACCUCAGUCUGAUGAAACGGUUGAAGGAGUGAAAAUGAGAAGGAGGCUUGACCAACUUAAAGGGUCAGCUACUGAAAAGCAAGGCCAGCUGAAAAUUUUGCAAGAUAAACUCAAAGAAAUGAGCCAAGACCAAAAAGGGAGCAUGCUUAAUGAAGAUGCGCCUCAGAUGAGGCAAAUAAGGAUUCUAGAAAACCGAUUACUCCUCCCUCUGUGAGCAUACAAAAAAAAUUUUGUUUGUUAAGCUAAAUUUUUUUUUUUUAAAUUUGCAUAUAUAGCGUGCACCUUUAUAGAUAUUUAAGUGCAAUGACUUUUAAAAGAUAAAAUUGAUUUAAAAAAAAUCUUAAAAAUCACAAUUAAAUUUAUUUCAUAUUAUAUUUCCAUUUGUCAGUUUUAAAUUUGUUAUUUCAAAUAAUUUAAAAUGGUUAAAGAAUUUUUCUUUAAGGUAAAAUUUAUGUUUUUAAAAUGCAAGCUGUAUAAAAACUUAGCAGAAUUAGAUAUAGAUUUUAUUAUAUAUUGCAAUACUUUUCAUGAAAAAUUUUAUAUUUCUCCUCUCCUGAUAAGGGGUUUUGGGUAUUUUCCAAUAAUUUUGCUUGCUCACUGGCAGGGGAGUUAGAUAAAGCUAUGAUCAAAUAUAAUGAAGCUCAAAGCAUCAGAAAAACUUAUGAACAGAUCGUAAAGCAAUUAAAAGAAGAGAGAGUUGCGUACGAUAACCAACUUGCCGCUAUUGAAAGAUCAUUAAAAGGCAAAGAGCAUGACUUUGAAGAACUUCUAUUGCUAAGUCACGAUGCAGAACACGCUAAAGAAACCUCAGAAGCCGAACUUUGCAGAUUUGAAGCUCAAAUCACUGUAGAGAGAAUGACGAGAGAGAAAAACGUGGAAGAGAAAAAAGACGAAGUAACUCAAAGGAUUGAAAUGACUCAGAAACUUGAAAUUGCUGAAAGAAAAAAAGCUGGAAAAGAUGAGCAAGAGUCAAAGGGAUUUAUGAGCCGCCUUUCGGCAGGAAUUGCAAAUGAAGCAUUCCAUCACCAGCAAGCCAGAGAAGAAAAACAGAAAAUAAAAGACUACGAAGACGCAUUUCGAAGGAUAAAAGAGUCCACAGGAGUUACUGACGUAAAUGAAGUCAUUCAAAAAUUCAUGACCCAAGAAGACACUGCUGCAAACUUAGAAAACCUCAGAAAUGAGCACCAAAAGAAGUUAGAGCAGUUAAAUAAGCAAAAACAAGACCUAAAAAGGCUUGUUGACUCUUUGAAGUACUCAGCAGUUAGCGAAACUGAAAGCAGAAAGCAUUUUGAUGACCUUGAAGAAGACGUAAGCAAAGCGUCUGUUAAAUACGACAAAAAUAAAGCAAAAUUCCAAAGACUGAUGAGCAUCAUCACAAAUGUAAAGGCUGGAAUCGAGCAUAUUUUCGAGCUUGUAGAAGGAGUGAAAAUAGAAGGCCAAGCCAACAUUCCAGUGACAGAUGAUAACUUAAUAGAAGCUCUGGUGCAGAUUAAGCACAAAAUGAUAUCGAUUUAUGGCCAAGUCAAGUCUACUGACGUUUUCAAACUUUUUGAAAAAGAAGGAGGCUUGAUUUCCAAGCUAACUGAUACGGCACAAAGGAAUGUGUCGGUUUUACAAGCAAUUUAUUCAAAUCCACAAUUAAGUAGCUCGAAAGGAUUUUUGGAAAGAGGAAAUGCAAAUAACUGCAGAGUUAAAACUCAGGCAAGAGAAGAAGAGGAGCUUUCAGAUGAAGGAAUCGACGAAGAAUUGGAAGAUAAAUUAGGAGAUAAAGAUAAAGCCAAAAGAGAACAGCUUAUUCGAACGGAAAAAUUGGGAAAGGGGUUAAAGGGGAAGAGAACACAAAGUGCAGCUUCCAGAAAGAUGAGAAAUAUUGAAUAA